AUGGUCAUCUAUUCGUGGUCACGGUUCACUUUUCAGUUAUUGAUAGUAGUGGAAUGUUUUCUAUACCUCUAUCUGACAGCACAGGUUGCUGCGGAUGGUGGAAGGAAUUUCGAGGAUUCGCUCAUCCUUACUCCCUAUAUAGAGAGGGGGAAAAUCUCGGAAGGCAGGCGCCUUGCGCGUGUACCUCUCACUGAUAGCCUGAACAUAACUAGCUACUCAGGUUUCUUCACAGUUAACAAGACCUAUGACAGCAAUCAAUUCUUUUGGUAUUUUCCGGCGAUGUCUCAAGAUAACAAGGCAGCUCCAGUUGUAGUAUGGCUACAAGGUGGUCCCGGUGGAUCUUCGCUCUUUGGACUCUUCAACGAAAAUGGCCCACUCCGAAUGAAGAAUUCAAAACUAGAGUUUCGUAAACAUAACUGGGCUCUUAACCAUCAUCUAAUUUAUAUCGACAACCCUGUAGGUACUGGGUACAGCUUUACGAAAGACCCGAAAGGAUAUUGUACUGAUGAAAAACAAAUCGGCGAAGAGUUGUACUCAACUGUAAUACAAUUUUUGCAAUUGUUCCCAGAGUUGCAGAAGAAUAUGUUUUUCGUAACCGGAGAAUCAUACGCCGGGAAAUAUGUUCCAGCUCUUGCGUACACUAUUCACGAGAAAAAUAAGAGGGCCAAAACUAAAAUAAAUAUGCAAGGUUUAGCUAUAGGCAAUGGUUUUACAGAUCCUAAAUUUCAAAUGGUAUACAGUGAAUAUAUCUAUCAAAUCGGACUCAUCGAUUGGAACCAGAAAAAGUUAUUAAAAAAUAUAGAGAAAGAUAUAGUUGAAUAUAUAAAACAAAACAAAUGGAAUGCCGCUACGGAAAAGUUUGAUGAAUUCCAAGAGUUUUUCUACAAUGCAACUGGAUUUCGAUCUUUUUACAAUUACUUAUAUACUCACGAGCGUAGUGAUGGUGAAGAUUAUACAGUUCUAAUUCAGUCCAAUUCUGUACGUCGUCAAAUUCAUGUGGGUAAUCUACCUUUCCAUAACCGGACGGAGGUGCGGAACCAUUUGAAGGAAGACUUCAUGAAGUCAGUUGCUCCAUUAGUAUCUAAACUGUUGGACCAUUACAGAGUUUUACUUUAUAGCGGCCAACUAGAUGUCAUUGUCGCUUAUCCAUUGACUGUUAAUUAUUUGAGGCAUCUGAACUUUACUGGUAGUGAAGAGUACAAGACGGCGAAGAGAUAUAUAUGGAAAGUGAAUAAUGAUAUUGCUGGAUACGUGAAACAAGCGGGUAAAUUGACAGAGAUUAUGGUCCGAAAUGCAGGUCACUUUGUGCCAUCUGAUCAGCCUGUAUGGGCUUUGGAUAUGAUAACUAGAUUUACACGAGGAAAGUCUUUACAUUGAUAUUAUAAAUAGCUGCAAUUUUAGUAAAGUAAGGUGGUUUUUUUUGUAUAAAUAAAGGUCACGUCUAUGCAUUACAUUUUAUUUUACAGGUUCUAAAUUCGACUUAAUAUUUUUUAAUUGAAUGUUUCGCGACAAUUGUAUAUAUUCUUUUUCGAUUUUAAUGAUUCUUUUUGUAUAUCAUAAUUACUUU